AGGUGCUCCUGAAAAAAAAAAAAACGAUGCCUGGUGCUUUUGCGGCUAUUGUGAUGAAAGUUUAGUCGCUGUUCUAGUUCCAGUUGUUGAUUCGGAGGAAACGGACGUUUUCCACGCUUCAAGGAUAAAGACAUCGAAGUCGUCGGAAGAACACGAAGAAGAAAUAAAUCAACAAUGAGUGGAUUCGCCGAGAAGCAGAUCCCUGGUCAAGUUUGCGAAGUGAAAUUGGCGGGCCCGACGACCGUAGUGACUCCGACGAAGUUGUUUUUGCGCACACUGGUGUAUCCUAGUGUGGAAGAAAUUGAGCGGUUCGUGUCCUUGGAGACGGGAGGUGGGAAGGUGUUGUUUGACAUCAAGGAAAUUGGUUACUGGACUCAGCAGAAAUGUGCUCUGUGUUUUUGCACGGUCUCUGAACGGUACACGCGUGUGGAGAUUCAAGACAUUUCAGUUGCCCACGAGCAGGCUUUGGUUCACAUGGUUGACUACGGAAAAACCAAAUGGAUGGACAUACAAUACCUCAAGCCACUUCCGCCGCAGUUGAUGAAAUAUCCGAAAGCCGCGAUGGAAUGCACUUUGCGAGUGCCGAGCGAGUGGAAUUAUUUGCUUCACCUGCCGGAUUUCCCGGAUCGCUUCAACGCUGCUUUGACGAAUGCCAAAACGAUCCAGUGUCAGUUUGCCUCGGGAUUUCGCGACGGGAAAGCCGGGAUUUUGCAAAUGUGGGUCGACAACUGGGACCUGUGGGAAUUCCUGAAUCCCGUGAAGAUGGAAAACCUGGCGAUCACGUCAUCGGAUCCUCCUCAGUCAGGCGAAGCUUCUCCGCCGUUUCCCUCGUCGUCUGCCACAACAUCUAUUCGUCAUGCCAAAACCAUGAUUGAAGUUGGCUCUGAACACGAAGUCAUUGUCUCGUGGUUUAGCACUCCGCGUCGACUGUAUUUGCAAUUGUCGCAAUUUGCGGAGGCCCUGGUGCGACUGGGUGACCAGUUGCAACACCUCAGUGGUGCCAACAACGCCCUGUCCCAGGUGUCAGUUGGGGAUGUCGUGAUGGCCAAGUAUCCAGAGGACAUGUUGUGGUAUCGUGCGGAAGUUGUGCAGAUGGACGGGCCAGCUGAGGUGUUGGUCUUCUUUUUUGACUAUGGGAACGUGAGCAAGAUGCCGUGUCAGGAGCUGCGGAUUUUGCCCGAGCAGUUUCGCAAUUUCCCGAUGCAGGCAAUUCCAGCGAGUCUCGACGGAAUUUUCCCCACGCUGAAACGCCCUCCAGCGAAUCCGAACGAAUAUUUCCUACAACUCUUCCCAGAUGUUGAAAAAUUUCGGGGAAAGUUCGUGAAGAAAUUGCAAGGAUACUGGAUGGUGGAAUUGGAAUCGAAGGAUGGAAGAUCUGUCGUUGAGGCCUUGUGCAGAGAUGGUUAUGUUACUCGCAAUCAGACCCCGGAACCCCAAAGAAAUGUGACGUCUCCGUCGGGUCCUCAAGCGUCACAGCCAACGUCUCCCAGACGGGUUCUUUUGCCCACUCCCAAAUUGCCUCCUGCCCCGUUUGUCAAGUUGAAUACGUCGCCGAAACGGACUUUUCCAUCGACCCCGAGACAACCGACGAAUAACCAUCCUUCAUACCCACGGAAUUCUGUGUCUCCAACGACGAAACAACCAAUUUUGCCGAGUCCUCCCCGAAUGUCCACUCCGGUGUCCCCGCCGAAGCAACCCGUAAAUUCAUCU